AUGACAACAAUAGCGGAAAAGCACUUGCGCUCGGUCAUACCGAAACCGAGAGACUCGGACGAGGAAGAUCCGAAGGUGGAGUUGAACGAAGAAGGCGAGGUUUUGAACAUCGAGGCGGUCACGGAACGGUUGGCGACGGAUUUAAAGUUGACCGAAUUCGCGUUGAAAGAUAUCGGAGAAGGUGAAGGAGGAGAAGGAGGGGACAGAACGGAUUACGACGGAGACGGGAUGGCGAAAAAAUACGCGGAAGCGAAGACGCACGAGUGGCGUUCUCUUCUCGAGUCGUACACGUUCAUGAAUCUCGCGAAAGGUGGGAAAGAUGGAUCGCUGAUUGGCGUGAAUACGAUUGUCGAUUUGGCGUGCGGCGAAGGGCACUACACGAGGUCGUUGAGGAACGCGUUUCCUAGAGCGACUAGAGUCGUUGGCGUGGAUAUUGCGGAAGAGAUGAUUGCGAUGGCAAAAGAGAAGGAAAAGAACAAACCGAUCGGGGUAAAAUAUAUCGUCCAAGACGUGAAAGAGGAAGCUGGAGCGAAGGACGAGGAACGCUUCGAUCUCGCCACCGCCGCCUGGUUGUUGGUGUAUUGCAAAUCCGUGGCCGAGUUGAAUGAGAUGUGUAAAGCGGUUGCUAAUUACGUAAAACCUGGCGGGAGGUUUUUGACCAUCAUCACAAAUCCGCAGAUGGCAUUCGACUCGGAAGGGACGCCAACAACGGUACUUCCCGGGGAGACGCAAACGAACGUUUUAUCCCGAUACGCAAAGUACGGAUUUACGGUCACCGUCCCGAGUGAAACACCGCAAGAAGGCGACCCUUUUACAUGGUCGAUUAAAACAAGCAAAGGACCAUUGGUUAUUGUUAACUACUACUUACCUCGAUGCGCGUACAAAGAAAGCUUAGAGAAAGCCGGGUUUGAGAAAAUCAAGUUUCAUCCUUUCGAGCUCGAUCCGAAGAGCGAAGGUUUCGGGAAAAACUUUGCCAUCUCGCCGUUCUCGCACUUGGAAGACGCGGAUUCGAACGACAAGAAGGAGUUUUACCAAGAGUUUUUGGAUUAUCCACCCGCGCUUUGCAUCGAGUGUUGGAAGAGCGGCGGCGGGAAGUGA